AUGAGCUUUUCAGCUGCGAUUGGGCUUGCCCGCCUUUAUGAGGCCAAGAUUCAAUAUAUAAAGCAUGCAGCACCAACGGAGCCAAAAAAGAUCUUCACAAACCCACCUAGUUCAAGUCGCACCACCAUGCCAAUCAAAAAAAUGUCACCAACUGAUUUAAGGGAGCGACAAUCCAAGGGCUUGUGCUUCAACUGCAAUGAGAAAUGGAACCCCAGCCACCGUUGUAAAAAGCUCUUUUUAAUUGAAGGCAUGGGAUCAGAAGGUGAGGAAGAUGAGGUUGCUGUGAAUGAAGAAUCAGAAGACGAAGUGCCAAAAAUAUCUAUCCAUGCCAUCUCAGGAGCACGGAAUCCUCAAACCAUGCAAGUCCAAGGGAGGUUGGGUCAAAAAGGGGCAACUUUUCUGAUUGAUUCGGGUAGUACCCACAAUUUUCUAAAUACUCAUAUCGCUAACAAAAUGGGGUUGGUUCCUAAUGGUGAAGGAGAAUUUGAAGUUGCAGUGGCCAAUGGGGAAAAGUUGAGAAGCUCAGGACGUUGCAAGGGGAUGAAUAUGACUCUACAAGGAAUCCCAAUUGUAGUAGAUCUUUAUCUAUUACUGUUGGAGGGAUACGACGCUGUCCUAGGAGCCCAAUGGUUGAGAAUUGAGAAUGUCAUUCAACAUGGGUGGACAAAUGGGCACUUACUCCAUAUUUACUCACUAUCAUUGCAUGACAAUCAUGAUACUGAAUUGUCUCAUUCUCAUACUUCUAAUGGUUGUACUAAUUCCAAUUUUCAGCAGCUAUUGCAGUCUUAUGAGGACGUGUUCCAAGAGCCAAAGGGACUUCCUCCUCAGCGUGCUCAAGAUCAUAGAAUCCCGUUAAAGGAAGGAAGUGGCCCGGUCUCUAUCCGUCCUUACCGUUACCCUCAUUUCCAAAAGAAUGAGAUUGAGAAGGUGGUGGCAGAUUUAUCAAAGACAGGCGUAAUUCGUCCAAGCACUAGUCCAUAUUCUUCACCCGUCUUGCUCAUUAAGAAACAAGACAACUCAUGGCGUAUGUGCGUGGAUUACAGAAUGCUUAACCAGUCAACAGUGAAAGAUAAAUUUCCUAUGCCUAUGAUCGACGAAUUGUUGGACGAGUUACAUGGGGCUAAUUAUUUUACUAAACUCGAUUUAAGAUCGGGUUAUCACCAAAUUCGCAUGCACCCGGGGGACGUUGAGAAGACGACAUUCCGCACGCACCAUGGCCACUAUGAAUAUUUGGUGAUGCCAUUUGGAUUGACGAAUGCCCCUUCAACUUUUCAAGCUCUAAUGAAUUUUAUUUUCAAAGAGUAUCUCCGUAAGUCUUUAUUGGUGUUUUUUGACGACAUUUUAAUUUAUAGUAAGACUUGGGAUGAGCAUUUGGAGCACGUGAGAAAUAUUUUUUCUAUUUUGAGAUCUCACCAAUUGUAUGCAAAAAGAGAAAAAUGUAGUUUUUGUCAAGCACAGGUGAAGUACUUGGGGCACAUUAUAUCAGUAAUGAAGGAGUGUCAGUGGACCCAGAAAAGAUAA